CGGCACGUUCAUGCUUCCAGCCAGGUAAGGGGCCCACCACCUGCCAGGUGCUCCCACGAGGGCUCUGUUCCCAUAAAGUGUAAGGAGUACGCGUGUCCCAUUUGCCUUCCUCCCCGUGUGGCCUGCUGCCUGUCCUCGGCCCUGUCACCUUCCCGAGUGUCUCCACAAGUCUGCCUUCUGCUUGACCUCCGAGGGACCCUGUCUCCUUGGCCCAGCUGGCUGUGUGUCCUGUUUCUCCAGCCCCUGAGGCUGCCGUCCCUUCGAGAGAUGCUGGUGGCUUCUCUGGAAGGUGCCAGCCUGGUGGGAUUAUAUGUGGACACCGACACCACCACCAUCAUGCAAAGCCCAAGGCAAACCGUCCUCGAGCUGCUGAACAGCUCCCUGGACCCCCUGCCCCUUUGUCUCGUGAGCUGCUGCUGAGCUUUCCUAGAAGCUGCUGGCCCUCCGGCAUCAUCCCAGCCAGGGUUGGAGGUCUUAGUUCACAUCCCAAAACAGAGACUGGUUUGAAGAGGUUCCUACUUGGAGGAAAGCCAGCUAAAAUUCCUCUCAGUCCACCAGUCCAGCACCUUCACAGUGACUGAAAACAGAGACUUUGUGCUGGUCUGUGUCCCAGCAGCCGGGUUGCCCCAGGUGCAGGUCAGUGUCCUGGUGGUGGCAUGCGCCGUCCUGGCUCUCCUGGAGGCCCUUUCUCCUUCAGGCCACUGACAGCAUGUGGAAUCAGAGACAUGGAGAACAGAACUGCGGGGAUGGCUAAAAACAGACCAUUACCAUUUAUGCUCCUGAGGCCUGGCGCUCUUUCCAGGGUGGCCCCGUGGGAGGACAGCCAUAAGACGCAGGAUGCACCCUGCCCAAUGCAGCUAACUCCUCGUUGCCCCACAGCAGUUCCCGGAGGCCCAAGGAGCUCUGGGAAUGCAGGCUUUUUACAGGGUAGCCCUGAGCCAAGGGUUUGCCCCGGUGGCUGCCCUUGUCCCUGGGUGGUGGAGAGCUUCCAGAACAUGGGUGAGGGCGUCAUCAUGAGGGUAGGCCCACUGCUAGCAGGCACACGCUGCACGAACCCUCUUUCUCUGGCCUCGUGGUUCUUUCUCCUGUGACAAGGCUUCCCUUUCUGGGCCUGACAAGUCCCACACCCAACCCAGUAAGUGAUGACAUCAGGCACACUGUCUGGAGCUGGUGCAGGAAUGGGAGUGACACGGGAGCUAAGUGGUGAUGUGGUCACUGGCUCUGGAGUCAAAGUGCUGGGAGGGGACAGGAGGCCUGUUGACUUCCUGGCUAGUUGCAGACCCCAGUGAGUUCCUUAACCUUGUUGAGCCUUAGUUUUCUCAUCUGCAAAAUGGGAAUGUCCAUACCUGCUGGGAGGUGAUGGGGGUUGGGAGUUCCUGGCACAAGAUGAGC